CUUCCAUUGGCCGAUAACUUGAAAUAUCUUCACGGCUGCCACAUUGCCGUCGGCACUCCGGGACGCGUGCGAUAUUUGAUCGAGACGGGUUAUAUGCUCACUGAACACAUUCGACAUCUGGUUCUGGAUGAGGCUGAUCUAUUAUUGGCCGGCGGUGCCGAGGCCAGUAUAACGGGAGGGAGUGCAAACAACGCUUUCCCGGCAGACAUAAACUACAUCUGGUGGAGUCUGCCCCCGGAGAAGCAGAUGAUGGCUUUAUCGGCCACCUAUACUGAUUACUUGGUCGAGGAACAUUUGCAACGAUACAUGAAUAACCCGGUUUUGAUACGUCUGGCUGCGCAUGAUCCGGCAUUGUUAGGUGUUCGGCAAUUCUUUGCGGUAGUAGAACCAUCUGGUCGUUCACCCGCCGCGGUGUUUGCAGCCAAAAUCGCCUAUCUGUGUAAGCUGCUCAGCUCGGUUGAUUUCCAACAGUGUCUGAUCUUCUCCAACUUUCAUAGCAGUGCUCAAGAACUCUGUGACGCGUUACAUUCGCGUGGUUGGCCUGUGAGUUACAUUUCCAGUAAUUUGGAUCAGAACGAGCGCUUUCGCGCUUUCAAUCGUUUACGAGCAUUUCACUGUCGUGUACUCGUCUCCACAGACUUGACUUCACGAGGUAUUGAUGCGGAGAACGUGAAUCUAGUGGUGAGUUUGGAGGUGCCCUGGGAACACGAAAUUUAUUUACAUCGUGUUGGACGAGCCGGUNCGAGCCGGUCGAUUUGGUUCCGACAGUCUGAAAUCGCGCGCAAGCGCAAUAUAAUCACAGUUAAUUUUCUCAUGAACCAUUGUCCUCUCAAUAUUUCACAUAUUAAUGGGGUUUCAGGAAGUUAUGGUGCCUCAGUCCUGAUUGUAACUGACGUCGGUGAUGAAAUGAACCUACUUCGACGGUUGCAAUCUCGUUGUCCAACGAAAAUUCGUAAACUACCAGAACCUACACCAGCUGACUUAGCUGCCCCAGAUUGUCCAGUGGAUUUGAAUAGCCUAGUUACUGUGGUCAAUUGCAAAUCGAAGCAACGUGAUCCGCGUCGUGGGCCUCCUCCUCGCUCAACAGUGCAACAGGAAUUGAACUCAGGCUUGACGACUUCGCUUGCACCAACUGAUCCGUUUCACCAUAGCGAACACCAUCAGACGAUUAAGCACGUAGCAUCACUUCCGUCCAAAUCGAACACAACCGUUCCGGCUGGAUCGGACGAAACAGCUCUCACAUGGUCUCAGCUAUCUCAGGAAAUGGAUACCUAUAUCGACAAAGCGAUGAAGGAUAUCGAAAGGUUUGGCAUGGAGAAAACCAAUACACCUAUAUCAAUCGAUUCUCUCGAACAACGACUGUUGAACUCGUUGGAAGCGUACUGUACCACAGGCAUGCCUCCAAUUCCAUUCCGAGUCACAACUAGUGCAACACCCGCUGAAGAUGCAUGUUCCAGUGUACGGGCAUUCCCGCUACCCCUCAAAGAGCCACCGAAAUAUAUAUCUGCUAUUGGUGACACCCUAAAAGACGAGGAACCUGAUGAGCAGCAACAACCACCUGCCGCAUCAGUUCCUGAUCAGCAAAAUUCCGUUAUGUGGACCCCAAGACAAGUUGCUGCGUGGUAUGAGUAUCACAGUUUGAUAAAUCAUGCGUAUUGGUACCGAGCCUCUUGGGAACUGGCCAUGAGUGAAUACCGUGCGGUACUAAAUAAGUGGAAUGCUUUAAAUGCACCUUCUUUCCGGUAUUCUCCAGCAAACUAA